CCACACAUGCGCAGUGACAGUAACCCUCAAUUUGUCUGAACCGCGUGAGCAGAAACAGGAGGAAAAUAAAUUGAAAAGAUAAAAUAAUAAACUAAAUAAUAGAGAAUAAAAAGGAGUGAGAGAGAGACGGAGGAGUUAUGAACCAGCUGCAGCGGGUUCAGGGACGACGGGACACUGACAGAGACACUUCCUGUUUGUGUUUCAGUCCAAGAGAUGAGGAGGACCAGGAGGAGUCAGACUGUCACCAUGACAACAGCGACGGGACCAACAAUAACAACAACACCCGACGCAAGACGGUGUGUCCAGCUGCAGGUGAACACCCUCUGCAGUAUAACUACACCUUCUGGUACAGCAGACGAACGCCGAGUCGUCCUGCGAGCUCUCAGAGCUACGAACAAAACAUUCGACAGAUCGGCACAGUGGCAUCGGUGGAGCAGUUCUGGAAGUUUUACAGUCACCUGGUGCGACCAGGUGAUCUGAGCGGACACAGCGACUUCCACCUGUUCAAGGAGGGAAUCAAACCCAUGUGGGAGGAUGAGUCGAACCGUGGGGGGGGGAAGUGGAUCAUUCGUCUCCGUAAAGGUUUGGCCAGUCGGUUCUGGGAGAACAUCAUACUGGCCAUGCUGGGAGAGCAGUUCAUGGUGGGAGAGGAAAUCUGUGGAGCUGUGGUCUCGAUUCGCUUCCAGGAGGACAUCUUAUCGAUCUGGAACAGAACGUCCAAUGAUCAGACGACAACGUCCAGAAUCAGAGACACUCUGAGACGAGUCCUGAACCUUCCAGCCAACACUAUCAUGGAGUACAAGACGCACAACGACAGCCUCAGGGACAACUCGAGCUUCAGAAACACAAAGAUUUCCCUCUGACGCCACGAUCAGCUGACUGUCCUCUGUCCAAUCAGGACGCAGAGCACCAUCAUCACACUCUGCUCUGUCAUUGGCCAGUUGAGGAGUGUGUGUGUGUGUGUGUGUGUGUGUGCAGAUUAUGGACCAACAAAGUGAGUGGACUGAAGCUGUUUCACUGUUUUAUUAUUUCUGAUAUUGAUCGAUCAGUCACUGAUUGAUUGGUGAUCAUCAUUAAAACCAAACUGCA